AUGGGUGCUUCACGUUUAUACAUGUUUGUUAUGCCGUUCAGUGCGGCAGAGCUUCGGGCAUAUCGUGCCAAACUGCGGAAUGCGCGUGGUGUUGGUGCACGUGCAAAGCGGGACAAGCUGUGCCUUGGCAUUUUUGGCAGUGAGAAGCUGUGUGAAUCCAUUCUGUUGCUUAAUCAAGCGCUGCAGGAAGAAGAUGUCGGGCCGCAGCGGUCAGCGGCAUCGUGCCAGGACAUCUGCAAAGGCGUGGCUUCUUUCGUGGACAUUGGCGUCCCUGGUGACGACAUUGGCAAAAGUUCGCCCAGAGAUGCAGCUUGGCGAACAUAUGCAUGUCGGAAGCAGGAGAAGAGGUGCAUCAAAUGCCUUCCCACGGUUGCCGUGAACCUCUUGAAGGACCCGGCCUUCGGUUCGCAUCGCCGGUGUGAACUGGACUGGCGACUGGACGCGGGCAGUUUCGAACUCUAUGAAGCUCCUUGGCUUUGCCUUCCCUACCAUGCGUUGGCGUGCUUGGGGCAAAGCAAUGUGGUCCAACUGGUGCUUGUCUUUCUCGUGCGUGCCACUUUCUCAGGUGAAGGGCUGCUGCCGGCAUUUUUGGCCACGUAUGGUGCAGUGUCUGACUUCUAUGCGGACAUCCGUGGCUGGCAAGUGCAGGCUGCUCUGGUCACCCGUGCGUUGGUUUUGCUGAAGUUGGGCAGUGCUACGGCUCAAUGUCGGGUUGUGAACUUCAGUGGCUUUGCCGCAGCGGGAAAGGGCCAAUUCGAAGCAGUUGCGCAAGAACUGUGGCAGUGCAAUUGUGAAGUCCGUGCUCGCGAGUUGCUGUCCAGGGUGGCAGUUCUUGACGGCUUCCUUCA